AUGCCCACUGUGCUCCGAACUCUGGAACAGCAACGAAAAGAUGAGGUUAGAGCAGGCUGUCAUCAAUUUAUGAACGAUCCGAAAUCUCGAAUUCUAUGGUCGUCUAAAAGCAUAAAAGAAUACCAUCGUCGUAAUGAAACAGUUGAACCUUUAGAGCUAGAAUUUAUCAAUCAACAAAAUCAAAUGGAGAAAAAGAUGGACUUAUUUAGAGAGCUUUUUCAAAAAGGCAGUGAGAAGCAAAUCGGUUCAGACGAAGACAAUGGCUUGUUUUGUACAGAAGAAACCGUAUUUGAUGCACAUUUAAAAAGUAAAAUACGCAUAAAAGCCGCUAACGCAAUGGUAGAACAAGGAAUCACUUCCAUAGACUGCGAAACACAAAAGAAAUUAUUUAGAGGCAGCAAAAGAAAGAGAUAA